GAUAAAUCAGAGCGCGAAAAAAAAAAAUCAACAAAAACUGAUUUUUAUGUUUAUUUUUAUGGAUUAUUGUGGCAGGUUUUGAUCUCCAAACCUCAAAAACGUUUAAUCUGAAAUAAAAUGUUAAAAGUUAAGAGUCCAGUCUUCUAAUGUAUGAUCAUCUCUCCUUUAUGUUUCAGGCUGUGCAGCUGAAAUCCUCCACAUUUGCCCCCCAGUUGGUGUAAACAUCUGAAUGAGUAGCGACGCUUUAAACAACAUAACCCUGCCAGUGUUUUUAGCUCUCCUCCAGCCUCCUGGCUUUAAUUUCCUUGAUUCUUCACCCCAAAGUCUCAUCAUUUCCCAUUCCGUCUCCCUCCCCUCCCUGCGCUGUCGGAUGCAGGGACCUCCUCAUUUGAGCUGCAGGUUUUUACGUGGGCGAAUCACAAAGUGUAGGAAUCUAUUGCCUUUGUCUGACAAGUCAUCCAUCUCUAUGCAAGAAGGGGAUGGAGGUAGAAGGGGUGGCGGGGGUGGUGGGGGGUAGUUGAUCGGCGGGACUGCAGCUUUUAGAAACAGACACACGAGGAGAGGGCUUUCAUUCUCAGCCCAAAGCUCCGCUCAGGCACAGCCCAUUCCGGAGGAGAGGGGGACGCGCCGCUCCGUACACGCCGCCGUGUCCAUGUUGUUGUCAUCUCCGCCCCUGAAUCUGAUUAAACCAAGGAAAGGGAUUUUUUUUCUCAAUUUCUUUUCCAGUGGAGACGCGCAGCAACUCUUUCUGUUUUCCCCUAUGAUGUCCUAAAAGGCAAACAGUGACUCGGUUUGAGCCAAAUGUUGCUGCGGCUGGUGCGCUCUGCACGCGCGCGGGUCACGCUCUGCACCUGACAGACAGACUCUUCUUCCGCAGACUUGUAAGUUGACAGGAGGGAGAACUUAAAGCAUCGACCCCCGAGAAGUUGUUGGCCGGUGCAGUCCGCAGGAGUCUGCCCACCUCCCUCACGGACUGUUCUUGUACCAAAAACAAGAAGCUUGUUGCUGCUUUUAUUUUUUCUCACACCUUUAAAGCUGCAUCACCGAGGCGAAACGGCGACCUCAGUCGAUUACCUUUCUUUCCUUUGCUAUCCCAUGGAUAUUCACUGCAAAGCAGACCCCUUCUCGGCGAUGCACCGGCACGGCGGUGUGAACCAGCUCGGCGGGGUGUUUGUGAACGGCAGGCCCCUCCCGGACGUGGUGAGGCAGCGGAUCGUGGAGCUUGCCCACCAGGGCGUCCGGCCCUGCGACAUCUCCAGACAGCUACGGGUCAGUCACGGCUGUGUCAGCAAAAUCCUCGGCAGCUAUCAGAAGGCAUUUCAGAGGUACUAUGAAACCGGCAGUAUUAAACCCGGGGUCAUCGGGGGCUCCAAACCAAAGGUUGCGACUCCAAAAGUGGUGGAUAAAAUAGCAGAGUACAAGCGCCAAAACCCCACUAUGUUCGCCUGGGAGAUAAGGGACCGGCUAUUGGCUGAAGGCGUCUGCGACAAUGACACAGUUCCAAGCGUUUCAUCCAUCAACAGGAUUAUCCGCACCAAAGUCCAGCAGCAAUUCCACCCGUCUCCUGAUGGAUCCGUCACGCCGCUCUCCACGCCCGGCCAUACCAUAGUGCCCAGCACCGCCUCCCCUCCAGUGACCAGUGCCUCCAACGAUCCCGUUGGAUCCUACUCCAUCAACGGCAUUCUGGGUAUCCCCCGCUCCAACGGCGAGAAGAGGAAACGAGACGAUGUUCUCUGGAGUGGCAACCACUUGGAUGGAAGGAAAAUAGGACAUUAUGGCUCAGAUGGUUCGGGACCAGGCAGCGACUCUCAGGGAAGUGUUGAAAGUUUAAGGAAGCACCUGCGAGCAGACGCCUUCACCCAGCAACAGCUGGAGGCCCUGGACCGCGUGUUUGAAAGACCGUCUUACCCGGACGUCUUCCCCACUUCAGAACACAUUAAACCCGAACAGGCAAACGAGUACUCGCUCCCAUCGCUGAACGCCGGCCUGGAAGACGUGAAGCCGAGCCUCUCCACCAGCGCCAGCUCAGACCUCGCCUCCAGCGUCUCCCAGAGCUACUCCGUUGUGACAGACUCUCACCCAUCAUACCCACCCUCCAUGAGUGUAAAGCGGGAGCCCCAUGAGGCAUCUUUUGCCCCCUUCACCCCCUCCUCUGCUCUAGCUGACGUCUUGCCCCACCAGCCCAGCCUUUCUGUAGAUGCUUCCACCCCCAGCUUCCUCUCCCAUGCCCACGGCUCCUGCUACAGCCAGCCGUUUAUAGCAGGUCGAGACAUGGCCAGCACCACCUUACCUGGCUACCCGCCUCACGUCCCCCCGACAGGACAAGGCAGCUACCCCACCUCCACGCUGGCAGGGAUGGUUCCUGGAGGAGACUUUUCUGGAAACCCUUACUCCCAUCCACAGUACACGACUUAUAACGAAGCUUGGCGUUUCAGUAAUCCAGCGCUACUAAGUUCCCCUUAUUAUUAUAGUGCCGCAUCCCGUGGCUCCGCCCCUCCCGCUGCUGCCACUGCCUACGACCGCCACUAGUUACCCCGGAGACCAGCUCAAACUGCGGGGCCAGAGCUUCGGCCUCCAUAUUGUCCCCGUCUGAGGAGGGGAGCGAGGUGGACUCCCCUCGUCUUUUCGCGAUGCGGAGGAGGGACGGGCAAAGUCGGCGCCGGGCUUCAACGUUAAACAUUUCGGGAGCUCACCUGUCAGGCCUGAACAAUUCCAGAAUGACUUUUAAGAGAUUAUAUAAAUAUAUAUCAUAAAAUAUAAACUGAACAAAACCGUGUGAAGACUACCAUGUGGAAAAUGUUGUGGGUUUUAUUCUCAUGUUUCUUUGUUGCUGUUGUUGUUGUUAUUUUAUUCAUGGAUCCUCACAUUCCUUUAUGUCAUGAACUGCAGUAUUUUUCUGCUGGGAAGAAGAAGAAGAAGAAAUAAAGUCAAAGGGAGAUGUCAAUGGUCGUGUAAUGACUGGAAAGGCUUUUCUGUGACGUGGGCGGUGUAGCGGUGGCUCCACAUUUUUGGUGCUUUGACUCUUUUGCUCUCUAAACAUCAGCUAAACUCUGCUUGCCCCCCUCUGUGACAAACAAUCAUUUUACAAAACAUUCAGUCAUUUCAAAGGGUCUCACUCACUUUUUUAGUUACUGAAUCCUUUGCUACGUUUUGCACUACAGUCUCAGCAUCUUUACCUUCUUUUCCCUGAUUGGUCGGUACGUUCACUCUAAGUGACUGACUACACUGGAAGCUAAAACUCCUUUCAUUACCACUAGAUGCCUACAAACUCUAGAAAGGUGUGUAAACAGACUGUAAAUUAGCUCCAAUAAUUGCCUUACAAACCUGUUUUGUCAAGCUAAAUUCACACCUGUUCCGUGAUAUAAAUGGCCUUUGAGGACGCAUUUUCACUUCCUUCUGAAACACUGAUUCAUUUUGGCAUUUUUCUUUUUUUUGUGAAUGUACUCUACAUUUGCCAAAGACUUAGUUUGAUAUUUAAUAUUUGAUUUACAGUAUGUGUAUGCAUAACUAAAGCAGUAUUAUCCUUUGAAUACGUCGAGACUGAACAUGUGUACAUGUUGAGCAAGACUGUGAUUUAAAAGGGGAGGGAGCAUCUCUGUAACUCAAUAACUGCAACAAAGCGCUGCUUUAUAGGAUGAUUUAUGUAUAAUGUGAGUACAGUUCUUUUUCUGUAAAUAUAAUGUCACACACACUGUCACAGUAUCAUCAUUAUAAUAAUAAUAAUAAUAAUAUACCGGCUCCCUUUGUACAUAAAAAGACUGAAAAAAAAAAAAACAUGCAUUACAUUUGUGUCUUAAUGUAAUGUUGUGCUCUGAGGGGUAAGCACAACUGCUGUGCAGCCUAUGGCUAGAUGCUAACAUCCCAUAGGUUGUCUUUUAAUUUCAUGAUGUUUUAUGUCACUAUGCAAUGAGUUUAAUGGCUUUCUGUAUUUUCUUGUUAACCGACCCACAACCAGGACAGUAUAAACGUUUAAAAAGAAUGCAAAAAAAACCCGCACUGGUGUGAGAUUACUUUUUGGCAACAAUCAAAGAAGCUGUUGAUCCCAUGCAUCCAAACAAAAGCAUCUCCCACCGCUCACUUUUCCUUGUUUUACUCCGUUUUUCCUUCACAAGCUGGUGUGACUUUAGGAGCAGAUGUCAUUGUGAGGGCAUCAGAAAGCAGAGAAACAGGCAGCUGGACUCUCCAUGAGAGGCUACCCUGUAAAAAAACAAAAAAAAAACAACAAAAAAACUUGCACUUGGGGAUUCGCCUGCUUCUGUGAACUGCGUGGAAAUGGGGGCAGCGAGCGCUCAGGCACAGUCUUUGCUGUAGGAAGUGGAGCUAAAGAUGUAAAGAUGAAACAUUUCUGAGGAAAACCUAAAAGGAAAGUCUCGUGGCCUCAAAUAUUGUUUCUGUUUUGUUCCAAUUCUUUUUUUUGUGCACAUGAGAAAUAAAUUCUUUUAUAUGUC